AUGUCUUUUAGUCCCAAUGAUGGCUUCGUGGCCGCCGCACCGACGGGAGGUGCCCCGGGCAUCGACGAGCUACCCAUUUUCAACGUCGAACGCGCCCAGAUGGCGUUCUCCGUGACGGCGGAGUUCGUCGCGGCGCAAAUAGCAAACAACGUCAUGAUACUGGCCUUGUCCAACGGUCGGAUCCUGCGAAUCGACCUGAAGCGGCCGGAGGACAUUGAUGAUAUUGAUCUACCAAAAAGAGCAUCCGAGAUUGGCGUCAUUCGACGCAUGUUCUUGGACCCGACUGCCUCCCACUUGCUGAUUUGCACUGCGCUUGGCGAAAAUUACUACCUUCACACGCAAUCAAGGCAACCUCGGCCGUUGGGCCAGCUGCGUGGCGUCACCAUUGAGAGUGUGGCGUGGAACCCGUCUCUUCCAACCGCCUCGACGCGGGAGAUCAUCCUUGGUGCCUCGGACGGCAACAUUUACGAGGCAUUCAUCGAGACCGCCAACGAGUUUUACAAAAGAGAGCUCAAACAUCUAAAGAACCUGCAUAAGCUGCCUGAUGGCCCCAUCACGGGCUUGUGGGUGGACGAUCUGAAGGGAAGCCCUGAUAUUCGAAGAAUCAUGAUCGGCACACAGAGCAGGUUGUUCCAUCUGGUGGGCAAGAUCGGGCGGAGUCACGACGGCAGCGGCUCCGUCUAUACCAAAGUGUUUGAAUCGGAACAGCCCGUGAUUCAUGAGAUCCCGCGAAGCUCGUCUGGCGGCCAUUCGGCAGUGGUGGUCUCGCCUGAUCCCCCCGAGGGCGGACGUGCAGACAAUGCUCCGGACAGGGCGUACGCAUGGUUGUCGUCACAGGGAGUGUUUCACGGCAAGCUUCUGAACAGCCCGAAAGAUAGCAGCCUCGGAUCCAAGGUCUUUGCAGAUUCGAAAACCCUGUCCAAAGCACAAGUCAUCGCUCCGGAAUCAACGGGCAGGCAUAAGCCGACCACGGAAACAGUCGAUUCGUUGCUGCUCACCGAGUGGCACAUGCUCAGCCUAGUCGGCAACCGUAUUAUUGCUACCAACCGUCUUACGGGCAACACGGUGUCCGAGCAUGACGUCCUUGCAACCGGUCACAAGGCUGUUGCUUUUACCAUGGACAUGCAAGAGCGAACGUUUUGGCUCAUCACUUCUGAUGAAAUUUACGAGAUAGUCGCUCGAGAUGAGGAACGGAACAUUUGGCAGAUAAUGAUGAAGAAUGGGCAGUUUGAAUCGGCAUUGCAGUAUGCCCAAACCCAGGCGCAAAAGGAGACCGUUGCGGCGAGCUACGGGGACUACCUUGCAAAAAGGGGACAUUGGAACGAGGCGGCUGUGCUAUAUGGUCGCAGCAACAAACCGUUCGAAGACGUCGCGCUCAGCAUCAUUGACAAUAAUCAACCGGAUGCCUUGAGACAGUUUCUACUGACGAAGCUGGCCGGCACAAAGAAGUCUGCGACCAUACAAACAGAAAUAGUUGCCAGCUGGCUAGUGGAGGUAUUCAUGGCAAAGCUCAACUCGCUCGACGACACAAUCAUGACGCAGGCCGAGCUUUCAGAGAGCCUGAACCCAGCAGAGUCCAAAAUGAUGCUGGAGUCUGUCCGAAAGGAAUACCACGAUUUCGUCAACAAGUACAAGGGCGACCUGGAUCGGAAAACGGCGUACGACAUUAUCGGCAGCCAUGGAAGGGAGGGAGAGCUUCUAUACUUUGCAAACGCGAUAGAUGACUACAACUACGUCUUGUCGUACUGGGUACAGAGAGAGCGCUGGGAAGAGGUUUUGAACGUGCUCAAGAGGCAGACUGACGUCGAUGUUUUCUACCGAUACAGCACCGUCCUCAUGACCCAUGUUCCGCAAGAAAUGGUUGAGAUUCUCAUGAGGCAUUCCGAGCUCCAGCCUCGCAGCCUCAUCCCCGCAUUGCUAGAGUACAAUCGCAACUUCUCUGGAGACGCAAACUCUCAGAACCAGGCAGUACGGUAUUUGAAUUACGUCAUUUUCCAACUGAAUUCUACCGAUGCCGCCAUCCACAACACGCUCGUUUCGAUAUACGCCUCGCACCCCUCAAAGGAUGAGUCAGGACUGCUUUCUUAUUUGCAGGCUCAGGGUGACGAGCCGCGGUAUGACCCUGAUUUUGCCCUGCGACUGUGCAUCCAAAACCACAGAACACUGUCGUGCGUGCACAUCUACACGAGCAUGGGCCAGUACCUGCAAGCGGUUGACCUGGCCCUGUCGCACGGCGAGGUUGAACUGGCCGCGGUCAUUGCCGACCGACCCAUGUCAAACCCGCAGCUCCGAAAGAGACUCUGGUUGGCGGUGGCACGCAAGGUCAUUGCCAAGUCGGACGGCAUCAAGACGGCGAUUGAGUUUCUCAGGAGAUGCGACCUCGUCAAGAUUGAAGAUCUGAUCCCGUUCUUCCCUGACUUUGUGGUGAUUGACGACUUCAAAGAGGAGGUUUGUCAAGCAUUGGAAGACUACUCCCGGAACAUUGAUGGCUUGAAGAAAGAGAUGGACGAGUCCUCGCAGACGGCAAGUAAUAUCAAGAUGGACAUUGCGGCACUGGACCAUCGGUACGCCAUCGUCGAGCCUGGAGAGAAGUGCUACGUCUGUGGACUGCCCCUGCUCAGCAGGCAGUUCUUUGUGUUUCCCUGCCAGCACGCCUUCCACUCUGACUGCAUGGGGAAAAAGGUCCUCGAGUACUCUGGGAUCGGACACUCGAAGAAAAUACGGCAGCUGCAGAUGCAGAUCCACAAGGGCUUGGUAAAUGGGGCCAAGAGGGAGGCGGUGGUUGCUGAGCUCGAUGCUUUGGUGGCUUCGGCCUGUAUUUUAUGCAGCGACUUUGCCAUCAAGAGAAUAGACGAGCCGCUCAUAUCUGCCGACGACAAUCGGAAUGAAUGGGCUGUGUGA